UUUUUGGAUCGUGAUAAAGAGCCCAGUUUUUUCAGCACACUACAGGCUGUAGUUAAGAAGGAUGGCAUCCACACAAUAAAAAAAACCGGGGAACAAAUAGACCUCAACAUGAUGUUGGCUUCAUGCCUGACUGACAGCAUUGAUAAAAAGUUCAGAGAGACCUUCCCAAAUGACAUUAAAUGUGGAUCAUUCAAAGGAGCCAUAAGUAGGUUUUCACUUGGCACCAAUUCACUGAUUAAAAAAUACAAUGAUGUCGAACUACAGCUGAUAUUUCUUCAGACACAGGAGGACAAAAUGAAGGCUCAAAUGGAGAAAUUCAUCCUGAAGCAGAAGAAGAAAAUCUACACCAGUCUAACAGAGACAGUUAAGGAAAACAUGACAAAAUGUUACAUUGAAGCAAAAAAAAUUGAGAAAACUGGAGCACUGGAAAACAUGAGGAAGACUAUUGAGAGACAUGUAUACUCAAAUAAGAAAAUGUAUGAGGAGGCAAAAAAGACCAUGUUGAUGAAGAUGGAUGCAUUGAAGAAAGUCAUGCUGUUCACGCUUGAGAAAAUCAUGAAGGAAGCCAUUGAAUUCUCACUGAAGACUGCUGCCUACUCACUCCCAGAUGUUUCAGAGUAUCUUGAGACUUUGACAACACAUUAUAAUCAACUUCAAGGUGGUCAAGAUGAAGAAAUGUUACAACAGUAGCUGGGUAAAAAUAAAAAUGUUAUUAUUAUUUUUGUAAUACUUAAAUUAAUCAGCUUUGAUUAACUGUUUUGUGUUUAAUUACAUAAAUAUUGCUUUUACUAAACUAGAACUUAUAUCCCUGGCAAGCCUGAUUUGGAUAAUCAGAAGAAGACAUUGAUUUAUUUCUGCAUCACAUUUUAGCAUCUUAUAGUAUAUUCUAAUGUUUUAAUUGCAUGUGCUAAGUCUUAGUUCAUUGAAAUGAGAGCCAUUAGUUUAUGGAUAUGUUUUUCAGUUUUAUCUUUGAGCCUUAUAUAGCACAAUAUUUUUUAUUGCAAUUUCAGAAUCAGAAUUUUUUUCCCUGCAUUACAUUGGUUUCUUUGGGUGUCAUGAAUAAUAAUACACCAGCAUUACUAUCAGCUUCUACUUCAGCUACUAGUUUAUAAUUUUAUUUUUUGUUGUUUCUAAUUUGUAUAUGCAUGCAAACAUUUAAAUUUUGUAUACGGUUCAAUAAACCUUGAUUUAAGUGUUUUUGUAAGAUGAAAAUGUUUUUCAAACCUUGUUCUUGUCCUUUACUUGCCCUAAAACUAAGCUGCUUGGUAAAAACUACUUACAGGUUGCAAGCUUCAGCUAACACUAAAUUACAAGCUGAGAUAUGCAUUUUAAACUAAAACUAAACACUAUAUACACAUACGGCCACUUAGAAUUGCCACUGUCAGCCUAUUGUCAACUGCUGGGAGUCCCCCUUCCUUCUCCUGUGUAUCUCCUGGGCAACUGCAGUGUGAUAAGAUAGCCCUUUGUUCACAAAACUUUGACUUGGAAAGUUACCUAUGAAAGAUUUCCUCAGUUUUAUUAUAAUUUAGUUUAAUUUCACAUUCUUU